AUGAUACAGACGCAGUUCAACAAGAAGGUCAAAUUUGUGCGACACGAUGGAGCCCGCGAGUUUGCGACGAACUCGCUUCAAGAUUUCUACGAAGUCGAAGGCAUCGAGCAACAAACCACGGUGCCAUACGCACAUCAAGCCAAUGGAACUGCUGAACGCGCGAUUCGAACUAUCGUCACCAUCGGUCGUAGCAUGCUCCAUCAUGCCAAGUUGGACAAGUGCUUCUGGGCUGAAGCGGCAAUGACGGCCGUCUAUGUGAAGAACCGUUUGCCGUCACCCAAGAUUCCACACAAGACACCGUUCGAGAUUGUCUACAGUUCUAAGCCAAGUGAGAAACGACUCAAGUGGGAUCCCAAGGCCCGGGCUGGAUUGUUUUUGGGCUACGAAGAAGUGUCCAAGGCGUAUCGAGUUUACGACAUCGAAGCGAGGCAGGUGAUGAUAAGUCGCGAUGUCAACUUCGAUGAGUCGGCCUUUGGAAUGUCGAUGAUGAUUUCCGAUGACGAUGUUGAUGGUCUGGACUUCGAAUCGAUCGAUCUUGAUGAUGAAGAACCGCGUCCGAGACACUUCAAACAAACAGGAAAGCGCAAGGCCCAACCCAGUCACGACAAUGACGACGCAAGCAUGCCCCGAGCAGUGCGCCAACGACCCGGAUUGGAAGAGUCAAGUGCGCCGGAUGACCUCUCUUCACGUCGAGCCAACGAAGAUGAAGAAAGGAAGUCGGAGGAACAACAUGACACACCGACUUCCUCCGCGUUUUGGCAUGCGAGUGCAAACGCCGUCGAAGCAGCGGUCGAUUUUUCGGAGCCGUCGACAUUUGAAGAAGCAGUGUCUGGCCCGGACCAAGUACACUGGCGCAAGGCAAUUGAUGCGGAGCUCGAUUCGAUGAAGCUUCGCGGUGUCUUUCGUGCGGCCAAGUUACCCAACGGACAAAGCGCCAUUGGCACAAAGUGGGUCUUCAAGAUCAAGCGCAAGGCGGAUGGGUCGAUCGAGAAAUACAAGGCACGACUUGUGGCCAAGGGUUUUCGCCAAAAGUAUGGCAUCGACUACACGGAGACGUUCUCGCCCGUGGUCAAGUAUGUGACGCUGCGAAUGGUCAUCGCCAUUACCAAGCACUUUGAUGGCCCCUCGACCAGCUCGAUGUGGUGA